UGAUUCGCUUGGUCGCGCGCGCGGUCUAUCCCUGUUUUUGUAUGUGAAUAGAAGGCCGGAUUUUCUAGCGGAUUUCCACACAAUAAACCCACUACGGACGAGCGUUUGUGUAUUUUUUUUUUCGGUGAGCAUUAAAGUUCCGCUUCUUCGGCAGAGUCACAGUGUGUGCGGUAUUGCAACAUCGCGACGCGAUCGCCAUCGACGACGCCGCACUGAGAUUGCACAUUACGCUGCGAAGUUGUGUUCCGUAGAAAUUUCGAAGAAGUCACUGAAAAUGUUUCAACCGUGUAAAAGUGCAAGUGCAUGAAAAUGGGUGCAGCAGCUGGGUGACAUCCCCCCGGGGGCUUAAAACCGCGACCGCGAAUCAACGACGGUGUGUGUGUGUGUAUUUGUGUGUGUACUUGAACCAGUCUGUCGGUCGGUCGGUCGGUCGGUGUCGUCAGCAGUUGUUCAGCGAAGAUCAGCGAAAUCCAAAAGCUCGAAUUCUUGUAUUAUUGUAGGUGCAAACGACAGAAUCGACAGAGGCGAAAAAAAAAAACAAGAAGUUCGAGCGCGCGCGAUUAUUGGGGAAACAUACAGCAGUGCACCACCAGCGCCAGAGAGCAUAAUAGAGGCUACCAUAGUUAUUGUGAAGGUAAAGCACCAAGCAACACACCACCAUAAACUGCUUCAAGCAUAAUAGUGCUCGGUGUUCGACAUUAGACAAGCUGAAUUCCAUUCGUCACUCAGAGAAAUCGGAACAAACCAGACACGAAAAAAAUCAAGAAGAGUUUCCCAUCGGUAAUGCCGCAGUUUGUAUCUCAAAUUGUGUAAUAAAGUGUUCUGCCAAGAGGCGCGCUGCCAAACCCCGUCGUUGAAAGCCGAAGGCGAAGAAAAGUGAAAAGAGAAGUAAAUAAUAGUGACCAGAGAAAAAAAAGUGCGUUAAGAAACCUGCCGAAGAAAAGCAGCUCAAGUGCCGAACGGAGGAAAAACAAGCUAAGCAUAAGAAGAGGGGGGUAACUAAAACUCUACAUCACUCCGGAAUAAGCAGCAGCAGCAGCAUCGAGAAGAAAAAAAGUAAUUAAAUAACAGUUAGAUUGCUUGCUUUCGAGAGCGAGAUACACCUAUCCAGUACACAGAGUCUGCCGUCGAACAUCGAAGCAUAGCCGGUGUGGCAGAGUGGAUCAAUCCAGAGGAGAACAACGUAAAAGUUUUUGGAGAAGAAGAUCCCACCUCAAACAAUUCCACAGUGUGUGCUGCCAAACUCAGUGAAGUAAUCGAUGGAGAAAGCAAACGCGCCAAUCUUUAUCAAUCAACCUAUUCCCAGUGUGCGUACGAGUGUCGAUAAUGGUUCGCACUUUCCCCGUCGUUGUCGUCGUCAGUGUGUUUCUUCCUCAAUAAAGGUUGUAAAUUAAUCUAGUGCAAACAAAAAUCCUUUAACCGUGCAUGCAGGAUAGAAGUAAAGCAAUCUCAACGACAUCAAAGCACAAGCAAAUUAAUGCACCAAAAUGCCAUCGUUGUCCAGUGUGUCCUCGUUCAGUGAAUGUUAAAUGUUUAAUCCAUCAAUUUAAAAGUGAAGUAAGCGUGGAAAAUCGAAGAAUCUCCCGAGCUAUCGAAUCAUAUAAAGUGAAGCUAAAUUUUAAUAAGCAAGUAUCAACCCAUCAAACCCAGUGUUCGGUAAAAAGGAAAAUUCCUGUCAGUGUAAGCGUACGCCACGUGUCAUCCUGAAGAAUAUAAGGGAAACGAAGUGCAAUAAAUUUGUGAGUUAACAAUCGGAAAAUUACAACGACUGCCAUUUUUAUUUUUUUCGAACGUGUGUCGUUCGUUGCUGUGUUUGUCGAUACAACCGUACUACGCCCAAAAAUGGUCACAAAUUAGGGUGCCAGUUCUUUCUAAUUGAUAUUAUAACGGUUUUUACGACGGUUCGAGGAGAAAGUGAAAAAUAAGAAAUACAAACAAAACCAAACCAUCGUCCGGGCAGAAUAAGCCUGCCGGGGAAAACAAAGGAGCUGCUUUUCGGUGAAAAUUGUUUCGACUGCCUACGUCGCCGAACGUUUGCUGGGUGGAAAAAUUUGCCGGAUCGGAAAUUGAAGAUAAUGGUCGUGCUAAUGGGGGAUUAACGUAGCCCUUUCCCUGCCAAACCUGCGUUGUUGCGUGGCGUAACUCGGCACAGCUUUCGAACCUAAACAUGCUUCAACGGUUCAAAGAUCACAGCAAGUUCAAAAAGAAGAGACCAGUGAUAUUGGACCGGCAGCAACGUCCCAUCAGCGUCGACGACAAAUGAAUCUCCCAAUGUAGAAAGCUCCCCCAAUCCCUGGAAGAGUUUCCCAUUUUCGUUCAUUUUCCCUGUUUUCUGUUCCGUAAAUUUGUAAUUGAAACGGUCACUCUCGAGAACGAUCAUUCAGAAAGUCUCUCAUAACAAGGUCAUGUACCGAUUGAACAUUGUAAGCACAAAUCCAACUGGAAGCGUACAGCAGCAGCAGCAGUCACAACAGGCGACGAGUGGUAUUAGACCCCAUCAGCAGCAGCCUCCGCAGCUGGCCCUGGUUCAGACGGGUGGUGGAACUACGACGACGACCAUCAUCGGCCUGACGUCGUUGAAUGCCCUCAAUGCUACCACGAUCACUGGACUGGCGGCACCGGCAGCAGCAGGAGGAAGCACUUCGACGGCUACCGGUUCGGCUACCACGCCGGCGACGGCCGUUACCAAGCAUCAUAUCCUGAAGGCAGCCUCCAACAACAACAACAUCAGCAUCGUCAAGAUCGGUGAUGAAAUCAUGCUGAAGGCCGUCAAGGUGGAACCCCUCCCGACGGACACCGGUGGUAGCGGUGGAAUCAUCGCCGCCUCCGCUACCACCAGCAGUGGAGUUACCGUAACGGCCAUACCGGCGUCGGCUCCGAUCAACCCACCAGCGGCAGCCGCCACCUCCAACGGCAAUGUCAUCUACGGUGGAAAGCGACGCCUGGAAAGCAACGAGGAAUGGAUUUCGUCUCCUAGUCCGGGCAGCGUGCCAGGUUCGGCACCGCCGCUGAGUCCUUCGCCUGGUUCGCAGAGCCACACCUACACGACCACCAUGUCCAAUGGCUACUCGUCUCCGAUGUCCACCGGCAGCUACGAUCCGUACAGUCCGAAUGGAAAAAUGGGUCGUGAGGAUCUCUCCCCUUCCAGCAGUCUCAACGGCUAUACGCCGGACGGCAACGAUGCGAAGAAGCAGAAGAAGGGACCCAUCCCGAGGCAACAGGAGGAACUGUGUCUGGUGUGCGGUGAUCGGGCGUCCGGCUAUCACUACAAUGCCCUCACCUGCGAGGGGUGCAAAGGUUUCUUCCGGCGAAGCGUCACCAAGAAUGCCGUCUACUGUUGCAAGUUCGGCCAUGCCUGCGAGAUGGACAUGUACAUGCGGCGGAAGUGCCAGGAGUGCCGGCUCAAGAAAUGCCUCGCCGUCGGGAUGCGGCCGGAGUGCGUCGUGCCGGAGAACCAGUGCGCCAUCAAGCGAAAGGAGAAGAAGGCCCAGAAGGAGAAGGACAAAGUGCAGACCAACACAACCGUCAGUACAACGAACAGCACCUACCGGGCGGAGAUACUGCCGAUCCUGAUGAAAUGUGAUCCACCGCCGCAUCAAGCGAUACCUCUACUACCGGAAAAGCUCCUGCAGGAUAAUAGGCUAAGAAACAUACCUCUACUGACGGCGAAUCAGAUGGCCGUCAUAUACAAGCUAAUCUGGUACCAGGAUGGUUACGAGCAACCGUCGGAGGAAGAUCUCAAAAGGAUAAUGAUCGGUUCACCCAACGAGGAAGAAGAUCAGCAUGACGUGCACUUCCGGCACAUAACGGAAAUCACAAUCCUAACAGUACAACUAAUCGUGGAGUUCGCCAAGGGACUGCCAGCAUUUACCAAGAUUCCACAGGAGGACCAGAUCACGCUGCUGAAGGCCUGCUCGAGCGAGGUGAUGAUGCUGCGAAUGGCCCGCCGCUACGAUGCCGCCACCGAUUCGAUCCUUUUCGCCAACAACCGAUCGUACACGCGAGACUCGUACCGGAUGGCCGGCAUGGCGGACACGAUAGAGGACCUGCUGCACUUUUGCCGGCAGAUGUUCUCCCUCACGGUGGACAACGUCGAGUACGCCCUCCUGACGGCGAUAGUCAUCUUCUCCGACCGGCCCGGACUGGAACAGGCCGAGCUGGUCGAGCACAUCCAGAGCUACUACAUCGACACGCUGCGGAUCUACAUCCUCAAUAGGCACGCCGGCGAUCCGAAGUGCAGUGUGAUAUUCGCCAAGCUGCUGUCGAUCCUGACGGAACUCCGAACGCUCGGCAAUCAGAACUCGGAGAUGUGCUUCUCGCUCAAGCUGAAGAACCGCAAACUGCCACGGUUCCUGGAGGAAAUCUGGGACGUCCAAGACAUACCGCCCUCGAUGCAGGCCCAGAUUCAAAGCCAAGGCACCCAGUCCUCGUCGUCAUCGUCCUCCAGUAGUAGUAGUAGUAGUAAUAAUAGUAAUAGUAAUGGUAAUAGUAAUAGUUCACAACACGGGCAGCAUCAUCCGCAGCAAUUAACGCCAAAUCAACAACAACAACAGCAGCAGCACAGUCAGCUACAGCAAGUUCACGCCAACGGCGGAAGUGGUAGUAGUGGCAAUAAUAACAACGGUAGCAGCAGUAGUGGUGGUGUUCCCGGCCUCGGCAUGCUCGACCAGGUAUAGCUAGUGUAGGACGCGGUUUCCGGGCCGGUUUCCAUUCCACUGCUGGCCAGCGAAACCGGGUCGACACAAAACCACACAACCGCGGACGCGUCCUUCUCCGGAGAGGACAUUCUUUUUAUCGUCGACGGUUAGGAGGGACCGCCCGAGGGCCAAACAGAGUUCUUUGCUAUAUUCUCUACAUACUUCUAUUAUUGUAUAAUGCUUUAAUUUAUUUCCUCUUUAUUUUGUUUUGGACUUGAUUUAUAUUCUUGCUGUUUUCCUUGCAUGUAGGUAGGGAUUUGGGCAGUGCUGGACACUGCUGGUGGGAUUUUGACUUAGUGGCAAUUGAGACAACAGAAAAGACUAAAAAAAAAAAAAACAAGCAGGAACAGACGAACUUCCCCCAAAACUCAACAUUCUGACAGCAUCGUCCAGUGGCACGGUUCAAAAGCAAGUGACUGAAUUACAUUUUUUUUUUGUUUCGUAUAACUAUUAGUAGGACUAUUACGUUUAGGUUUUGACUUUUUCGCAAAACAGAAAAGUAUUCCAGUACACACCCACACACAUGCAGAAAUGAGUGGAAUCGCCAGUUUAACCUUAAUACAAAAAGGAAAAUUACGCAGCAGCACGUAAACAGAAGCAAAAGGGGUGUUCCACUGCGUGCAGACUUUACUGUAGUACUAGAAUAAAGAACGUCGUGUUUAUACUAAAUAUGACCGUUUAUUACAACAUCAACGCAAAUCCUGGCGAGCUGCGAGAGAACACACUCUUAGUUACACAUCUACCACCCCGCGACCCCCCCUCAUAAAAGAAGAAAAUAUUCACCCUUAAACAAAUAAACACACACACACACACACAUACACACUCGUACAACAUGUAAGUUUACAACAACGUUUUAGCUGGUAAGAAUAAAAAAAAAAAAACGAAAAGAGAUGGAAGAGGUUCGAUGAUUGGGCGAACCGCCGUCGUGGUCGUCGUUGGUGGUUGAGACGACCCCCGAAUGAAAAAAAAAGAACAAUAUGCUGCCACCUCAGUCCGAUCCUGCCCCAUGCAUGGUGGGUGCGGCUCGGGACAAACACAAAUACACACAUACACUUAAAACUACUGCUACUACUACUACCACCACCAACCACCAUCACCACCACCACUGAGAAGAAAAUGCGGCUCUUGGCGUGGGUUCGGUCGGCGACCUCUUCCGUAUCGUUUGGCUGUGACUUGUUAAUAUUUUUAAGAUGAUACACACACACACACACACUAUAAUAAUGUAGCAGGAUGGAAGGAAGGUUAGGAAGGCGACAAUGUUGGCUGAGAGUUCUUUUGGAGUGAUUGGUGCACUACUAACAGCAGUGCGAUGAUUGUGUAUUAUAACUAGGUAUUAGGUAGGCGAGCGAAAAGAAAGAAGUGCGUUGUGAUGCGGAAUGGAGUGUAGAGAGAAGCGACUCUAUUAUUGUACAGUAGUGCGGUAAGGUUUGGAGAGUAGAGAGCGUUUAGGAUGUACAUUUUUUGCCCCUCGAGUAGGUUUUAAAGUGGAGAAGUACUAUUAAACGAUGAUGAUGAUGAUGAUGAUGAUGAUGAUGUGAGGAUAUGAGAAACAAACAAUAGGAGUGCCGAAAGGGAGUGUGCGAGCAGCGUGGGUAAGAGACUAGGUUAGGACAGAUAAAGGACACAAAUCGAACGCCCGUUUCUGAAACUAAAGGGAGGAAUCUAACUAUCUUGUGUAGAUCGGUUAAAAGGCAAAGAAGGUGAAGAUGCGGAGGCGACAAAGGAGGAUGGAGAGAUGUAGGAUCAUUGUGGACCUGUUUUAAGGGCAAUCUGAUCAAGCUUGAAUUACGAGAAGCAGAAUUUUUCGGUUGGACUCUGGAAAGGAGAAGUGACCUGUGAAUGAACCCAUUUUGGAAAAGUAGGAUUUAUUGAUUUUUUUUAAAUCACAAGAUUGUAGGUAACUCAAUCGUCAUCUUGAUGAUGCAAGUUGAAAGUCAUUUUCACAGAAAAUUAUCGGACUACUUUCGCGCUUUGAAAGCCAUUCUUGACCUGAUUUAAUGAUUUAGCACCACUAGGUUAGCGUAACAGGGGUGGCAUACAACUUUUACACUGAUCCCGUUAGUUAUUCUGUUCAUUUGAGAGCUGUUUUUGGGCCUUUGAAGCACCUUAAAUUGAUACACAUGGGUUUUACAAGUCUUAGCGUAAUCUAGAGCGAGUUUGCCACCUUUGCCCCCAUUUGUACGCUGCGCACGCUAAUUUUUAAGCCGAAUUUCGCAGGCUGCUGUUUUCGACUUUCAGAAAUUUUUUUAGUUUCCAAGAAUGAAUAGUCAUUCGAGCAGUUUAAAAUGACAUUUCCUACCACUCGAACUUUGCCGUGGAACAAUAUUUUGGUAACUUUUCUUCCAGAACCUUGAGAAAAUAGGGUCUUAUUUCUGCAAAGCUUGAUAAAUCUGGAAUUUAGAGCAUCAUUUUCUUCAAAUCGCUGAUAGAACGUCGUUCCAAAACUGCUCGACAAUAUGAUCAAUUGGUCGAAAGUACUUCUGUAAAUAAUGGCUUCAAGCGUCCAUUUAUCGAAACUGCUAUUUCACAUACACAAACUGACACCACCAUCGUAAUAUUCGAGCCAAGGAACCCCACAUCAUGCAAUUGUGCAUCGAAUUCGACUCAAUUUUUUUUUAUAAAUACUUUAUUUGUACAGGCUCAAUCGAAUAAACUUUACAGAGCCGAGUUAUCCUUUGCGUUAUACAUUAUUACUGUCUCAUGUUUAAGUUAAAGGAACUGGACCGAGUACUCGCGGUUGCCUCGAGGUUAGUGGAGAUUUACAAUUUUUUGGAUGGGAAAAGAGAAGAAGGAGGUUUGAAAUGUGGUUUACGAUACAACUAGUUGAUUAAUCCUAAAGCAUGAAAUUAUUUCUAUUCAUCUUGAAAACAAACAUUGAAAAAAAAACCCCACUGUACAAAAUACAAACUAAACACAAGGUUAAUCAAACUUACAAUCUAAGAUUAAUAUCCUUAAAGUAAACAUAUAUGAGUUUCAUAAACUCCAGAUCGCGUCUAGCCAAAAUAUCCCGAACUGGAACAUUAGGUUGUCUGCCUCGAGCCAGCCACCACCACAUUUGGGCAAGCUGAUUUGGGGUUCUUUAUUUGCAACAAUCCGCGAACGGAUGCGCUUUCGUUUCCGUGCAGAACCUUCCGGAAAACUGAAAGAAGUUCCCUCCUCAGCCAAGUCAGAGUCAGUCUCGUCAUCUGACAAAAGAGAAAAGGGAUUUUUGUCAUUGGUCGAUGGCGUGGCUGUCUUAAGCAUUUCUGCAAAAGACCGCCUGGAACGUUCCUUAAGGGAGCGUUUCAUUUUGUCCCCGAGCUGUUUGUACGCUGGGCACGACGAGAGAGCAUGAGGAGGAGUUCCGUUGCAGUACACGCAUUUUGGUGCGGUAGCUGCGCAGGCGCCAUCCUCAUGUUUCUCCCCGCAUGUGGAGCAGCGUGCCUUGUUGCCGCAGUGGGAGGCCGUAUGUCCCAACCGCUUACAAUUCUGGCAGUUCAUGACCCGAGGUACAAACAACCGCACAGGAAGACGAAGUUUUCCCAGCUCGAUGUAUUGAGGAAGGGCAGAUCCAGAAAAGGUCACCCGAAACGAGUCUGUGGGGGUAAAACUCUUUUUACCCUCGCUGAGCUAUACUGACUUCAUUCUAUGAACGGCCAGUAUCUUUUCCGGAGGAAGCAAGGGGUUCUUGAAUCGGCCAACCGCUUGCUUCUCCAGUAUCUCGGGGUUCAGGCUCGCCUCAGUGACCACAUCUUCGAUCUCCACAUCAGAGGCUGGAAUGUACACCCUAUAUUCCAGUGUGAAAAACUGGGAAACAGCAAUUUCAUUGGCCUGUUUCAGGUUAGCGACGGUCACACAAAGUUUGUUGUGCCUAACCUUCGUUAUUUCGGUCACUGCAGAGAAUCGCUUUGUCAGAUCAUCAGAUAUUUGAACAACAUUCAAGGGUUUGUUUUUGGGCUGAAAAUAGACAACCCAUGGGCCAGUCGAGUCAUUCGGGUAGGCCCGCAAUCUGGAGCUGCCCAUUGACAGACUGAGACGACGAACCAGGGAUGACAUCGUCAUUUUUCUGAGAUGAAUGGUCAUCCAUGUUAAUCCAAUUUUAAGUUACACUCAUCGACCGGGCAUUACAUUAAUUGUAACAAAUGCAUUUCAUUUCAAUGAUAUUCACCGGUUCACCGCUAACAUUACAUUGUAAACAAAACUAUUUCCGAGAGUCAGUAAAUUUUACUCUGUUGUGAGUUACUUUAAAUCAUUCGUAUGGAGAAAUCAGUGCCAACAUUUCAAAACGGUGAAGUUGCUUUUGUAAGCAAUGGCUAGCCGAGGGAGACGACUCUAUCUACGUUGCAGGAAAGAUUGUGUUUUGCUGUGGCUAGCUGCGUGCAAGCUGAAUAGAUAGAAAGAAGAUUAAUGACGAUUCUGAAGAUUUUCUGCAAAAAGAUGCAAGUAGAUGCAAGUAGAUGCGAGAACUGAAAGAAGAGUUUUCGAAGAUUGAUUCGCUAGUGUGAACUUUUUUUGAGCAUCUAGUAUUGAGAUUUAGAUGUCUCGACCCCCUCGGCUUUAGCCGCCGAUUUCUCGCGAAUAGAAGUUAACACAUGCAAUCUUACGACACCAUCCGGUAGAGGAAUAUUUCCUCUACCAGCUCCUGCCGCUCAUCGCAAGUCGGUCCCAUUUGCGUUUUUGUCCAAACUGAUUUUUUUUUUCAAUGUAGGUGAUAGCUAAUCACUCAUAUUUUCACAAUGCUAGAUGAACUUAACAACUUCGUUCAGGUCCCAUUAGGUUACAUAAAAAGCGAUGGUGAGAAUCAAACUUUAAACGCGUUUUACUCGGCUAGCUGAUUUGUGCUACGGGCUGGCAUGGAAAAUCAUUUACAUUCAUUUGUCCUUAACUUUUUUCAUGAACAGUAUUCCGCUAAAUAGUGUAUGGAGUUUUUGUAGGUUUUGUUAUUAACAACAACGUUUGUUGACAACUCAAAUCCGUAUCUCUUAUGCAUGACGAACCAGAGCGAACAGAAGCCACUACUGUUUUUUAGUGAAUGUAUUUUACAUUCACUGAAAAACAGUAACAAGAUCUGCCCGCUCUAGUUCGUGAUGCAUAAGAGAUACAGAUUUGAGUUAUGGGAAAAAGUUGUAGCUAGUAAUAAAACCUACAAGAGCUCUAUACAUCAUUUUGCGGAAUGCUGUUGAUGGAAAAAGUUAGAGGCAAAUGAAUGUAAAUGAAUGCAUGAAAUGAAUGCAAAUGAUUUUCCAUGCCUGGCUAUGGGACGGACUUGCCAUGAGCGGCAGAGUUGGGAUCAUUUAAACCGGCGGUUAAAGUCGUUGUUUACAACGGCAAUUUCACCCUCAUGAAACACAGCGCAUGAGUAACCUACACGGUAAGAAAAUUCGUAUGGAAUUUUCCACCCAAAAGUAGGUAAAUAUGAUUAUACUCAAGGUUGGGUUCCUACACUGUACUCUUUGUACUAGCCCUGUUGGGUGGUUUUGCUCCUCCGUUUUUCACAACAUUAGAGGGGGGGAUAAAAGGAGGUUAGGUUAGGUUUUCUUUAAUAAGAAGGCUUUCAGCCUGGGGCUGGUUCGCCUCCAGUAGGAUAAAAGUAGACAAACUCAAGGGGUAUUCAACUCUGCACAUCUACAUCUGUUCCAAAUUAUUAACGCUAUGCCGAAUGUGUCGAAGUAGGCCGAAGUGUGCCAAUCAAACUGUCAAUAUCCCAUGAGUUUCGCAUCCCUGAAGUAGAAAUGACAUUUGUGAUUGUGUUAAAAUUCUCAUUUUCAGAGCAGAAGGUGAAAGAGACACUGGAAGCUAUCAAACCUAUACGGUGUUCAAGCAAACGCGACCGUUCCACAAGAUUCUGACUCAAUGUCAAUUUGAAUGACUGAUUCCUUGCAGGUGUGCAGAAACGAAGUCGUAGUCUGAUCGAUGGAGGUAAAAAAUGCCACCAGCAUCCAUUGAAGUCCUCUCCAACUAAAGUAAACAAAGAAACUCGAACGGUCGGAAAGAUGAACGAAGGUCAUGUAAACGACGCGUCGAGUACCUAGUGCGGACUCAAAGCCAUCCAAUGCAAGAAGAUAGUUCGCAAUCUCUGGAUUAGCCGCAUUGGAAUCCGGAAAUCUGUUUUGCACAAUUAGUACUGAUGCCUGGUUGUUCACAAUUUGGUCUUUAGAUUGGUCUUCAAGCCCAUGAACUCUUGCUAAACAGCAAAUUGCUUAGAGUUCUCAAACGGAAACCACUGAGCGCACCGAAACUCUUUCUGCCGCGAGUAAAACCCGAUCGGUAGGCCACCAAUCGCAACGGGACCUCUUAUGAUGAACAAGUUCAAUAGAAUGAUGAUGACAGAGAUGCAUCUGCAAUAUACCCGGAUCGUAGAUGACAGAUGAUGUCCAAAUCGCGGAACAGACUGACUGUAUUAAUCCGUUCCAAUGAAUCCUGUACUAUUGCGCUAAGACAAUCGUCGAUCGGUCCAGAUCUGAUGGAAUAUUUGGGGUUAAUACAUGUCGGCAUCUACCAGCCGUACCGGGAUUUUUUUUUCAAAAUUCUAUGGACAUCCCUUCCCAGUCCUGUGGAUUUCGCUGUGGGUCGUGUGACUCUCUAUCACUAGUGAGGAGACACAUUUAACCUCAUCACUAGGAGAGGAACACGAUUCACAGAAUAGGAGUGUAUGACAAGAAAGAAUAUCCGAGGAAAAACUCAGAAGUUGAUGAGAAAAAUUCCACCCCGGAAGAUCCUCGGAAAACCCGAGACACGGACCUGUUCGAAAACUCCUAUGAUAAGUUGGUUUUUCUCUUUAUUAUUUAUUCGGUGUUGGGCCAUUAAGGUGAUUCCUUGUAGAGUCUACAAAUGGCCACCACGUAGGCUAUACAUGCACUUCCUCUUCGAAUUUUCAAUAACACACAUCUUGGAAAUUGAUGCCCCAUUUUACCUGAAAUUGCUACACACUUAGAAAAUAUUACCGAACUCGGUUUGAUUUCAACCAAGUUUUUAUCUGCUGAACCCUCGGUAGUCUGUUCGGUUCAAAGAGGAAUAACCGAGCUGUCAUUAGUUCUUAUUGUUACCCACAAUCUGUCAAAGUUACCGAAAAUCUCGGUUGACGAAACACAAAUUUAAGCAGAAAUAACCGAAAUUAGGUUUACUCAAGAAUUACCGAACGCUGUUAAACAAACCGACCCACCUGUUGUAAUUACGGAAUUCGGUUUUCUUAGGCAGCGCUCGGUUUUCACUUCAAAUCCCACUAUAAAUUUUGAUUAAGGAUGCGUUGCUUCGAAUUUUCAUAAAAAUAAUACCAAAGAAAUGUCAAGAAAUGUCAAAGAAAUGUAUGAAAUAUAUUUAUUUAAUUUGUUUUGGAGAAUAAAAACUCCCGUAACGCGAGUUAAAGCGUGGAAAAGUACAGUCAAAGAAAAUAUCACUGACUUUGGAGUCAUUCUUAUUCAAAUGGUUUUUAAAUGCCUUUGCAAGCCAGAGACAAAACCUUGUACAUUUUCACGGCAGUAGAGACAAACUAUAGCACAAGAUGCCUGCAAAUAAAACCAUACAGUUAGUUUCAAAUACUUACAAAAGAUUUCAGCCAAACGUGCAUCCUCUUGUUACAGCUGCUCCAGAACUUUUUCCAUUUUUACUCAAGUUUUGCACACGUCCGAUGAGCACACGCGAGAAAAAAUGGCUGACUAAUUUUAGACUCAGCUUAGAGAACCGAGUUUUCGGUUAAAAUUUCCGUCGCGAAGUUGAGCGCAAGUGGAACGUUUGACGUUUAAGCGUUUGACGUUUAACACGUUCUAGCUCGCGUUCUAGCGAAUAUUCGGUUCAGUUUACCGAGCUUCUCGGUUUUCACGUAGCGAAUUCGUAAAUGUCGAUACUUUACCGUACUGUUCGGUUCAGUCUUCAUUUCUAUCUGUCAAAUUUAUACUCUUUUUUACCGAAAUUCGGGUCUGCUUCGAUAAACAAUGGUUUUUAAACCAUUUAUUCGGUUUCUCGUUGGUAACCGAAGAGGUUCGGUAGAAAAUUAAACCGAAUUCGGUAUUAUUUUCUAAGUGUGUAGUUCAUAUAUGCUGCAGAACAGCAAACGUUAAGUAACAGUUCCAUUGUAGUACGUAUCGUAGAAGCUGAUAUUUGUGCACCUAAAGCACAGAGAACAGACAUCUAAGCAUGACCAAAUUUUUCGAAAAAUUACGUGUUAGAAUUCAAAUUAAAAUACGUUAGAAACACUAGCGCCGCCAUACGCAAUGUUGCGACUCGAGUUAUCAGUUUGUGCGAUUCAUGAGUAUUAAACUCAACUAAAAUUUGGGUUGACCUCAUUGACCGUGUAUUCAAAUGAACUGUCAAAUCAGUUCAAAACAAACAAGACAAAACAACGGAAAUCAAUCGAGUUGUGUGAUCAAUGUGGUAAGAUUUGAACACUGCUUACCUUGUAUCCGUUCUUCCAGGAAUUCGAAAAGCCUCCUGGGAGAAGUGGUCGGAACAUAACUUUUCAUUGCAAGCGCUUGGACUCCACGUGCGAAGAAAAUCUCCUGUAGUUCGGGUAAUUCCGAGGGUAAUUCAGCAUUCUUUGGAAUAUUGUGAAAAGUUUUUCGUUUGGUAACACCUUUAUUUAUUUGCGCACCAAUCAAACUCGCAUUUGCGGCCCAUGUUUUGAUCGGUUUUAAACAAUGUUUUGCUCACAACAAUUUUGACAUUUAUGUUAAGAUGAGCGCCAUCAUGAUAUUGCUAGUUUCAAAUGUCUAUUCAAAAGAGCAGUUAAAUUUCUUACACACUUUAGGAAUUUGACUUGGAUGUCUGUUCUCUGGAAGUGGUUACGAGAAUAAGGAUCUCAAAGCGAAACACGUUAAUGCAAAGUACAUUAGGCCGAAGUAUAUUUAUAAGUUAUUCUGCAUAACACGCUUGUAAAUGUAGCUCAACUCUUAUCGAAUAUCCUGUCCUCUUUCGUUCCAAAUCGAUGAUCGAUUCCGGCCGUUCCCGUUUCGAUUAUGGCUUGGUUUUACGUGUUGGGCACCGGUGUCAGGAAUAUAUCCGCCAGUCCGUGGGAGGUUUGUUAGACUUAGAACAGUAAUUGUAUCGUUUCUGGAUUCAUGCCAACGUUUUUUUUUGAAUUCCGUAUAAAAAUUCACUGCAAUUAUAAGCUUUAUUUCCAAGGGCUAUUUGGAAUAAAGACACAGAAACUCUUCCGGAAGUCUGCUCGACAACCGUUGAAAACAAACUUCUUCAAAAUUUGCUCUGCAGCCGGUACAGUUGAGCCUGUUACACCAAAUGCAAACUCAACGAUUUCGGCAACCGCAUUCUGAACUAACCCGUCGUAUUGGACAUGUGACAGACCUUCUAGGUAUUUGACCAAUUCUCAUAUUUGAGAUAUUUGAACAACACUCUAUCGCCAAACUAUGGUGUCGAGGAAUAUGAAAUUGAACCUGUUCUGGACUCUGGACAAGCCGCAGGGAUUUUUGCUGCGUAUCGGAUGAGAUGAAUUAAGGUCCCAGAGACAAUACUGGGGCGAAGACGAACCACUUUUCUGUCAAACGCCAACCAGCUCAUGAUUAGCCGAUUUGAAGUGCGUAAGAUAGAGAUAGAGAUAGAGAUUAAAGAGUAAGAAGCCAGUUGUCUCCUCUUCUUCUUAGGUUUGAAUGGACUCAUGAUGCAGAAAAUACUUACAGUACUUUUCGAAAUGUGGCAUGGCACGAACUUAUUGAGCUAUACAUUAAAGCAGGGCUGUCAUAUGAUCACUCAAGACACACACCCAGAAAUAACGAAAGCUCAAUGAGUAACCAUCGCUCCGACGAGUCCGACGCAAAGAGCGCCACUCAGUGUAGGGUUGCAAAUGGGAAACAUAGCAAAAAGACAAAAUUCUUCUUUGCCAUGCCUUUCUUUAUUUCCUACGCAUUUAGUCGUGGUAAGCAAGGUCUGCAAAGAAUUCAAAGAAGACAUUAGCGCUUGUUGUAUUAUAUUCGCUCCCUGCGCCGUACGGCGUGUACUGCUCAUUGUGUGGAUCGCUUUCUCACAGAUUAGUUGGAAAAGAGUGUGCGAAGUAAAUGGGAGAACCACACACUCUUUGUCGAGUGUUGUGAGAUGCAUGCACAAAGUUGCUUUACCAACGUUCCGAGGUGCUUUCCAGCCCUGCAUUAGAGUAAACAAUGUAUGCAUCCUUAGCAACCAUUUGCAAAACGUCGACAGUGAUGCCGUUUUAUAUUAUAUUUGUUGUGACCUACUAGUCAACGAGUGCCCUAACGUGCCGAACAGUGUGCCAAACUUGUCAAAAGUAGGGUAAAAGUGAAUUGGCCGUUCACAGAAAAAAAGUUGUUGAAAAUUACAUCCAAACUGGUGUGUAGCAUCUAAUCCGGCAAACGCGGCAAGAAACGGUGUUGUAGCAAAGUUUUUAACGAAAGAGAAAGGGUGAUAAAGAGAAUCGAUCAAUGUUCGUCUUGAAAUCUCAAAAAAGCUUCAACCUUUUGAAACUCAAGUUUCACAUAUGUUUUGUGCUAAUGCUCAAAUUUGUAUAAACACGAUGACGAUCGCUUUUAGUCAAAAUCAUGUUAUUCAUGGUUACUUCUCCUUCUUCUGUUCAAAUAGUAACAAUUCGUUUGUUUUAAGCACUCCUCCUUUUUAUGAUCCUCGACGAUUCCUUUUAAGAAACGCAAAAAAAUCAGUCCACGCCUCCUAAGCGCGCAGAACCACGGAAAAAUUCUACACCCCCCCCCCCCCAACCCAACUAAGAUUUUGUAACAAUCCUCUCCUAGCCUAAAGUUAGUUUCGUUUUUAGUCCAGUUAUUUUCGUUGCUGCAAAGGCGCACUUAAAGCUGCAGAAAAUGUGCAACCGAUACAAGAGAAGAUCUUAUUUAAAGGCAAUGUUUUUUUUUCUUUUUAGAAAAGAAAAAAAAUAGUUAUCAAGUUCAGAACACUGCUACUAGCGGGCAGAAUUGUUUAGGUAAAAUCCGUGAAUUGAAGAAAAAUGCGCCGACAGGGCAGGCGCGAAAGCAAUAUCUUAUUAUUUUUUUAAAUUAAAAAGUGUCGAUAGGAAAAGAAAAGCACGGAAUCAGUUAGGAAACAAAAGGAAAUGGAAAAUCAAACUGCCACAAUUUCACACAAUCAUCUUAAAACACGGAGAAAAGAAAGAGGAAUUAUAUCUGAUGGAAACAGAAAGGAAAAAAAAGAAGAGGAUUCCGAUUGGGUAUUUGUGAGCAGUUAGCAGUGGGUGGGUGUGCCGUUUGUUCUAGCUCUCAGACGACGGGUGAGCCCAAGAGGGAGAGAGAAAGAUAUCUGUGUGUUUAACGCAAUUGUUUGUUCGCUGCAACAUUAGCAACCGAAAUAUUUCCCCUUUCUGUUGAAAGUGUAGGCAUUCAAUUCCGUUUUUCGGUCUGAAUUUUUAAACGAAUUUACAGCAACAAGCACGUAUCAAAAUUCGAACAUUUUUUUAGUAAAAUUUAUUAGCAAAACUUUUGGUUGAAACGCGAAAUAAUUUUCCCGUGUCCGCAUGGUUGCCAAUGCAGCAAAAAAUUAGUCAAUUAAAGUCGGUUUGUUUUUCAGCCUCAGUAGUAAAAGGAGCAGCAACAAGCAACUUAAAAAAAAUGAACAAAAAAGGGGAUCAGUUUGGUCGAAAGUAGAAUUUACGCUACUUUUCCAAGUAUUAGUCAGAACCAACCAGCGAAACAACGGAGAGAGAAUCGAGAGAAAGUGUUCGAAAUAGAAUCGGUUUUUGACGAACAAAACAAAACACAAGAAGUAUAUUUCGGUAACGGAGGUGCCUUCAGUAAAGAGUAAAACAAAAAAAAUAAGAUGACAAAGCGAGCGGAGAAAAGUAAACGAAUAAACAACAACCAAAAAAAAAGACAAGAAUAAGUGCAGUUGCUAGGAAAGAAAUUAAAGUAGAUGCAAAACCUGGAACCAGUUGAAUUAGCCUAGAGCGAAAGCAAAAGUAGAGACGAAGACGGAAAAGGAAAAAAAAAAUGAAUAGACUUGUAAUAGAGGAACAAACACACGCAUGGACUGAUACUGAGAAGUUAGGAAAAUGGAAAAUUUAUGAAAAUCUCAAAAAAUACAAACAAACAAACAACCACACACACA